UUUAUACAUUACAUAUAUUCAUACUUAGAGGUACUGGUAAUGGCUCUGCUUAAUGAGUAUCAAUUAUAAUGAUUAAUGAUGAUUAAUGCAGAUCCGUGCAGCUCAGGACCUGCACUGCAGUUGAUUUCCAGUGGAUAUUCGUAGUGGUUUCGAGCAUGAACUGCAACUUCUGCGUUUUUCUGGGGCUCAGCCUUUACUUUACCCUAACUUGGAAACUUUUUUCCAAAUUUUUGCCCUGCCUGGUAGAUUGUAUUCAGUUGUGUAAGUGAUAUAUCAUCACUUUAUGAACUGAAAUAAUGUUGCUCACCUUUAGACUCUUGGGAGGAGUACUGUGAAACCUAUUCAUUCGAACAGUCGAUGAUAUUGUUUGCGCUCUACGGCAGUAGUGGAUUCUUGUUGGUAUCUGGCAAUUAUAAGGAACUUCAAGUUUUCUAUAAUUGGCUCAUUGUCACUGCCCACAUAAUUGUCCUAAUGUGUGGUUAUAUUGUCUUUGCAAGGCUCCUAAGGGAUCAUCCGCUAUGGCAGGGAACUCUUAUAUGUGCUGGAACUUUGGUGAGCAGCUUUAUAACAGUCCUCUUACACGUUUUAGUAUGUAAGGACAUCGUAAGAAAUCGUUGGAUAAGGACCAUUUUGGGAGCCAUUAUAGUUCCUUCUGGAUCUGUACGAAAUGAUCGCAAUAAAAUAUAUUCCUAAGCACCCUGUAAAUUUAUGAUAUGUAUCUAUAAAAUGUAAACAUUAAA